CAAGCCACUGCGUUGUGAACGGUGUGCGGGACUCACUGCGGACGCACCGGAUCAACGGUUGAGCGCCGAACAACUCUAAACAAGAUCCAAGGCUAAAAGACGCGUCAUUUAACUCGCAGAGGAAGCACCGAACUGCUGGAGUUUCCCCAUCUGUUUAUAUGCUUAAGACGAAACUGUGUGUGCGUGUGCACCUUUCAUCACGCGAGCCUGGAGCGGACAGUAGCUGAUACCCCUUCUAUCAGCAUGCUCUGAAAACGCCAGAUCAUACAAUAGAAGAAGCCGCACAACUCGGGAGUUUACUUUUUACAUCGUCUUUUGGAAAGAAAAUCCCAAUGGAACUGGACAGAUAUUAUUGGCAGUCCUGUGACUGACAGUUGAGAUUUGUUCGUGGCUACUUUGAACAUGGAUAUAGGUCGGUAAAUUUCGGACAAAACAAACAAACAAAACAAAACUGUUGCAUAUCCGCACCUCAAUGAUCUGGGAUCAAAACUGAAAGGAGUCUAAUUUUAAAUCUGACACAUGAUCAGGACCGGAUCUGAGCACCAACCCGAACCCCAACACGGGAUUGAUGGUUCCUAUACCUGUGUGCAUGUCACCCACCCCCUAUCUGGCGUGAUUUGACCUUUUGUGAGGCUACUAGCUCAACUAAUAGAUGAGUACACUAAAACAGUCACGCGCUGGUGUCUACCUAAGUGCAAGGUAGCAGCGAUUUUGGUUAUUAGAGAAGCGUUGGCCCAGCAGCCGCUUGUGAAACGUUGUGCGACACCUUUUUUAUAUCUUCCAGGCAACGCUUGAAACAUCGGAUUUGGAAGUUGAGCCCCAUGGAGCCCCUUUGCCUGGACGCAUAACCCGCUCUGUUGCAUGUGGUUCGGCAACCCGGAGUACAGUCGACCGAAAGGAUCUUAUCUUCUUGCUGGCUUGUGUCUCUCUGAGAACCGUAAACGAUGGCUGGAAGUGACGGCUCGUGGAAAUAUUACCUCUGGAUUCUGACAGCCAUGUGCAGAUACGCGUUACCCGCAGCCAAAUCACUGGAGUCGGUCGUGUGGAAUUCGCAAAAUCCCAAGUUUGUGUCUGGGAAGGGCUUAGUGAUUUAUCCGGAGAUUGGUGACAAACUGGACAUUAUCUGCCCCAAAGGGGACAUGGGGAGGCCGUAUGAGUUUUAUAAACUCUACCUGGUGAAGAAAGAGCAGGCCGAGUCCUGCAGCACCAUACUGGACCCCAAUGUUCUGGUGAACUGCAACAAACCAGAGAAAGACAUCAAAUUCACCAUCAAGUUCCAGGAGUUCAGUCCAAACUACAUGGGACUUGAAUUUAAACGCUUCACAAACUAUUACAUCACCUCAACGUCUAAUGGAACACAGGAAGGGUUGGAAAACAGAGAAGGUGGGGUUUGUAGCACGAGAUCCAUGAAGAUCAUCAUGAAAGUGGGCCAAGAUCCAAAUGCACCAGAUCCAGAUUUACCAGACCUCCCGGAACACUAUGACAAUGAGAUCAAGGACCCCACAACCAGCCCUUCUCGUAAGAUCGACCGAGGCAGAGAGAGAGAAGUGGACGGGAACGGAUCUAAAAUGCCCGGCAAAGACACAAGAAACCAGGAUAACAGUCCCGGGUCUGUAGAAGGAAUAUUCGGCUCUAAACCAGCUCUCUUCGCUGCCAUCGGAGCAGGCUGUGUGAUCUUCCUUCUAAUCAUCAUCAUCCUCAUCGUCUUGCUGCUCAAGCUUCGCAAGAGAACCCGCAAGCACUCGCAACCCAGGGGCGGGACUGCCCUGUCACUCAGCACUCUGGCCACGCCCAAAGGAGCCACCCAGGCCGGCUCAGAGCCCAGUGACAUCAUCAUCCCCCUGCGGACAACAGAGAAUAACUACUGUCCCCACUAUGAAAAAGUGAGCGGAGACUAUGGACACCCCGUCUACAUAGUGCAGGAAAUGCCGCCCCAGAGCCCUGCCAAUAUCUACUACAAAGUCUGAGCGAAUGAGAGCCAAGCAAGCGCAAUAAGAACUCGUUUUUUGUAAGGUAUCCUGAAUCUUUUUUCAUUGCCUAACCCCGUCUGCGAGAGGAUGGAGAGGGACAAGUGGAAAGGAGGAACGUAAAAGACUCCGUGGAUGAUUCCUCUCGGAUUUCCCUUCCCUCCGUCCGUUUUCCGAACACUACACUGUGUGUAUGUGUGUGUGCCGGUCGCUCUCGAUGUGUGUGAAACGGCAGAAAACCUUCCCCAAAAUUGCGUGGCACUCAGGCACGGACUUCACCGCUGAAGAUCAGCCGACAACCAAUCACAGAGGGAUGCUAGAGUGACAUCACAAAGCAGGAAGCUCUCAAUUGUGUGUGCUUUUUUGUACUUUUUCGCUUCGUUUUCUUUCAUUUCUCAAUCCAUCACAGUGUUUUGUUUUUAUCAGUAUCGCUCUGAAUCUUGCAGCUUUCACAGUGUCUCGCUCAAAGAAAAAAAUGUCUUAAACACUGUUACGAAUGCCGCUCUCAUCUUCACACACUCAAUAUACGUCCUCUCAUCUCAUUUCCCAGCGUCUCUCCAGACACUCAUUCAUUUUACAUGCUGUAGAGGCAAUUGAACAAACACACUCGCACUCACACACACUUCGGUGUUCACGGGUCAGUAACAGACAGCCUCUCGGUGGAAAAGCGAGUGAGUGAAAGACGGAAUAUAAUAUGUAAACACCAGUGCCAGACCAUCCAGAACUCCCAGUCUGCGUUUUUGUCCACUCGACUAUGGUUUCAGUUCAAAUUCUCUCUCCUCUCAGCCCAGCACAAGUAGAUGCUUGCUUUUUGUUGUCAGUGGUGUGUGAAGUGCUGAAUAAUGUUUGUAUUUUGACAUUAUUAUUAUCAUUCUUUUUCAUAUUCUGUCUCCCAAAGGUUUGUAGGUUAAAAUCAUCUUUAGGGAUUUGCCUCUACACCAUGAGCCUGUGACCUCUUUUCAGUCACAAAACAAGCUAACGCGUAUCUUUGCAUACUUUAGUCCACUAACAUGUCUUUUUUUUGUGUGUGUAAUUCAUGUCGCUCUGUUCGGAUGUAAACAUGGAGACGUAACAGUAUGAACGUGUGUAUGUAGAGUCUCACGGAGAAGCCAAAAAUUCAUCGUCAUACAUUACAGAACACGUGACAUUUUGCCUUCACCUCUGCUUCUUCUCAGAUAUGCACAUUAAUCUUCUGUGUUUGCAUACAAACACAGAUAGGGGAAAAAAUCAUGCACGAAUCAGAGAUUCAAAACAUGCUCUCCAUAUCAUCCUGGAAAAUCUAGUGCUACGUCUAUUUUUAUAUGGACUGCACACGAAAUGAUAAACAGCCAGGAGUGGCGGCAGGUGUGUUUACGCCUAUGCUAAUUUCAAAUUAGCAGCAUUUGCAUCUGGCCUCCAGCGCAGCCAAUCAGAGGAAGCCUCUCUGUCGCUUUCUCGCGAAAUAGAAUUUUAAAAUAAGAUUUCAUUUAGAUUUAUUGAUGUUGUUUUCUGUUGUCGUUUCCUCUUAAUUUAGUUUCUAAGGCCCGAGAUUGUGUAAAUAAUGUAUGUUGGGAAAAAGUGUUGAAUAUAAAAUUCCAUUUUAUUAGAGACCCUGUUAAUGAAAAUAUAAUUAGGAUUUUUGAAAAUGCAAAAGCUUUUGUAAAUAGUCUUUUUUUGGAAAAAGACAUUUUGUAAUUAAAAUGUUUCCUGUUUUUUUGUUUUUUUUUCUCAUUCGAUUUUUGUUUCGGUUGGUUUUUGAUGAAGGAGACUUAGAAGCCCCUGUAGAAUGGGUUUUAAAAGGUCAGCCUAAAGCAGCAAAAAGACAUGUAAGUCCCCACACACACACAUAAACACUGACACACACUUUAUCCUCCCUGUUACACAAGGGGAUGGUGGUAUUUUUGUUUUGUUUCAUUUUUUUACAAAUGCUGUGAUGGAACCAGGUCAGAAAUUCCAUGACAUGGUUCAUGGAGGAGGAAAAGAGGAGAGAGAGAGAGUUAUUACCCAAGAAAUGCCUAAACACACGCUGACACACCAGUAAAUCUUAUAGCACACAAUAUACACACAGCCACCAUCAGAUACAGGGCAAGCACCAGCAAACUAGAUGAACAAAACUAAACCAGCAACAGCUUGUGCGACAAAACUGAAUAUUUAUAUGUGUGUCUGAGCCAUUUAUGGCAGAUCAGGUCUUUAUGAAUGACAUUAGAAGAGCACUUUGAAAUUCUUGACUUUUUUUUAACCCAUAAAAAUGCAGGGGUGCACCGAUUGCACUAGUCAGCUCUUUGAAGUGGAGGUAAGACUGCAGUAAAUUUGUUUUGCAGCACAAACACCAACAGUAAGCAUCCCUACAAAUUUAAUUUAAAGCAAAAUGGCAAUAUGUGCACUGUAUAUAACUGAAGUGAUUCGUAAAUAUUAAGAUAUUUUAUCGGAAAAGUUGUAUUUUUGGCUGUGCAUAAAACGGUGUACCCCAUUCCCGGUGUCUGUCUCUGUAUGUUGUUAAACAGCAAACGCUGUGAAUAGUUUGUGUGGUGUUUUGGAUCAGCGCUGCCAUUGCCGUGCUCAUUCAGUAACUGACUGUUUUUUUGCUGCAGGCUUUUUGCAGCUUAGCUUACACAUUUGGUUCGCGGCACCCUUAACAGCUGUAAGGCAUACACUUCCUUCGACGUUUGUCUGAGUGAAAAUAAACACUCAGCCUCCAUGUUUAUCAGAUUGGUCUCGAGGCUUUGCUUCCGCUCUAAUGCUGCAGUCAGACACCUGUGAUGCUGCGUGGAUCUUUCUGACAUCUGGUAAUAACGUCUCUCCAAGUCAGGAGAACGUACUUAAAAACCUAAGCGUUCAAGCAAACGCAUACACUCUCGUGCAUACACUCCCCCUCAGGCAAAGAGACAGAUUGGUGGUGACUUUUGACCCUGUAAGGAUUAUCACAAUAUUAUGAGAGAGACAAAUCUAAUGAGAAAACCUUUUCCCUGGCCUAGAUCCAUCCCCAUCACACACAGUUCAUCCACUCUUUCACAAAAUUUACUUGUUCAUAGAGCGGGUCAGUGCAGUGUUGAGGCCUUAGGCCAACCGCGACUCCCACAAAAAAAAAACAGAAAGCUUGUGCUGCACAAUGUUUCCUCCUGCUGUUGCUGAUUUAUUUUUAAUUAUUAUUAUUAUUAUUCAGUGAACUACAUUAUUAUUGUUAUAAUUUUCUUUUACUAAGAUUUUGUUGCAGAUUCAGUAUUAUUGAUUUCAGUUUUGAUGUAUGUGUUGGCAGUGCUGACGCCUGUGGCAAUGGCGUUUUUUUUCGUUUUGUUUUUGUUUUGGUAGAUUUCACAGUGUCCUCAGAGUUCCCCGAUAUAUGACACUAAAGCCAAGUCUCACCUCUCAGAAAGCGUUUUAAAAGGAUAAAUAAAGUUUUUCCUAUGGAA